ACACCAAAGUCUGCCAUAAAGUGCACCUAAGUCUGCUAUAAAGUGCAGUAUACCUGUACGGCGUACACACACUCUUGGUAUGAAUAAACCGUUUAUGCAAAUUUCAAUGAUAAAUCAAGACGAUUAAAGAUCAUUGUCUUUGCUUUUUCAAUUGGGAUAAAACUCUUGUACUUGCCAACACUUGUAUGCCUUAUGUAACAUUUCGAGAGACUUUAUUGAAUAAGUCUACACAUCUUUGGUAUUCCAAUUUCACGAUAUAAGUGCGAAGACAAAAUGACCCAAUUUGGGUUGUGUCUAAAUGUUUUGAAGGUAUCGGUAUGUUAAAUUCAGACACCCAAAAAGAAAAAGUUUCUCUGACGUGAUUUUUGAAUGAAAGUUUAAAACUAUUUUAAGCGAUUUAAAUCGUCGAAUUGCAAAUUUACUUUCAUCUCGAAAAGUUGACUUUAAUGUGAUGUGCGAGUGCCAAUGUAUUCGGCUUCAAGCCAAAUUCUAAGGUCCUCAGGAGAGGACACGUCGCCUACUUGAAAACAUUUUCUAGCAGGCCUUAAAGUUUGUUUUUUUCAGAACUUCCAUAACACCCCAAACACCAUUUCGAGGUAAAAAUGCAGAGCAACAAUAGGGCAUAUAGUAUUUGGAUUAUUAAACAGCGUGCAGUUCAGGUACAAAAGGCAGUCACGAUACUAGGUAUUUCCACAAAACUGUUUUCUGUGCACGGUUCUCAGGAGGUAACUGGCAUUUCGGUUCUACAUAAACUCCGAAAUACAAUAAUUCGGCUCAGAUUUCCUAUUACCCUUUUUUUUGGCAAGGAAAACCUUGACUUUCGAGAAACGCGCUUCUAUCACCAGCAGAUGCCGACUGUGGUCACAAUGGCAGAGGAAAAAGUUUAGCAAGUGUUCCGAGUAUCGUUUGUUGUGCGGGUCUUUGGAAAUCGGUCACUUGGCGAGACAACACUUGGAGGUUUCGUCACGCUGGGUCGAUUCUAUUGUCCGCCUUCGCUUCGUCAUUUUGUUUGCCAAGAGGUUGUUUUCUCGAUAAUCCCGAAGCAGUUCUCCUUGUUACAUGAAAUCGAGCCUUGAGGCCGAAAGCGCAAGGCCUUGCUUUCUCGGCAUGACACAAACAGUGCAUGUUACAGUCUGCAUAAUCAAACGCAGAGUGGAAUGGCCUCCAGAUUGCGUAUGUGCAUCCGAUUAUGACGUCUGUAUUUUGAUCCAUUCUUCUGGUCACUGUUUGCCAUGAUUAUGGGCCCAUCGCAAGCUAUGUCUCCGUACGCCAUCCCUUCCAUAACCAUUUCACCCCCAACAAGUCCCCGCGAGGGGGUCUACCAGAAACGAGGCGCGUCCUCCGACCUUGCGACCAUAGACGAAGCUGACCCUUCGACGACCGACGGCCCCUGCGGGCUGUGGACCGCGACCUCGCUGUGCAGCCCCUCCAACCUUCUGUCGCCGGAGUACACGCCGCCCAGCGCCCCGUGCGGCGGCGAGAAGUCGUCGGAGCACGAAGACGAGCUGGCCAAGCUCAAGUCCAUGGCCACGCGGCUGCGGCUCAGCACCCGGCGGCCGUCGUACGUCGAGUGGUGCGCCAACUUGCCCAAGCUGCGGGACUUGAACGGGAACUUGACCGCGAAGAAGCGAUGCCAGGACAGGAGCGACGAUUGGAGGACUUUCAAGCAGAGACGGGACUGUCUGGAGGAGAAAAUACAGUGGGUGCGAAAUGAACUGAUCGAGAUGAAAUCCCAGGACCACCGGCUGGCCAUCCAGCUGAUGCGCCUCCGCUCAGAAAUCCAGCAGCUGCGAUUGCAGAAAAGCUGCCACGAGCACCGAGAGCUGAUCGACACGGCCACCGAGUGUGCCCAGGAGGACCGCGACUCGCAGCUCCAGCCGGCCCUGUGCGACCCGCCCUUCCGGGGCAACGGCGUGUUGCUGGCCCUGGAGAAGCCGCUCAAGGACGUCGGCGUGACGCGGCUGAACCUGUUCGCCAGGAGAUUCUCACUGUGUUGACGGCACCGACAUGUCCAGCCCGUUAUUGAUAAUCGACUAAAGGAACUUUGUACCGUCCAUGAGAUGCGACGUUAAUGAGAAAAACCGGUUCAAAUAGCAUGUACAUGUACAUGUAGUUACCCUACGUUUCUGAUGUUCAAGCGGCCAACGGAAACAGCUUCUUGGAGCAGCCAAUGGAGACAAGUCCUCCAUCUUGUACAGAUGUAUAGGUACUGCUGAAUUUACUAGACUUGGAACCUGCACUAAGUGAUAAGACACUCACAAAAGCUGACGAUUAACAUGUCAGAUUUUAAUGACUGCAAAUUGUGAUUGAUAUUACGGCUGACGAUGGACUAAUCACGUCUUUUUUCAGGACCGAAAAGUUUAUGAUUACCACGACCUUAGAGGUAACUGUAUUGAAUGUUAUAAUUCCACAGCCAGCGAGCCACAACCAACAGCGGGACAAAACUUUAAGUGACAAUUUGGCCAGCGGCAAAAACUCAAGACAUUUGGUCUACGAUAUACGGUUGGUGUUUAAUGGCAUCCAAAUAUAAAGGAGUUGUAACUCUCAUUGUACUGUUCAUAUACACCUUAAUACCGCAUUACAUGUAUAUUCGGUCAAUUGGAGUAGCUGGCGGGAAGCACGUGACAUACUUCUCAUCUGCCUUGAAGUGUGAUUCAAACCAAGGUGAAAGAAACUAACUUAUGACUGCAUAUCGUAAUUUUCUGUUUCCUUCUGUGGUCCACGAAGGACACGUAGGCCUACGGGUUCUCAAAAAAGCUAAAACUGUGUACACUAAUCACUUUUCUUAAACAUUCCUAACAAAUUCACAUUAAAUCGUUUUAUAUACCAAAAUAUUUGGUGACAGCUCGAGAGACAGUAAGCAUUAAAAUGCGAAAUGACGAAAGCAGUGACUUGCGUCUAACGUACACGGUUGCUUGUUAUGCAUUACAGUCCAUAUUAUUUUGACGUUUUUUAUUUUAUUACAAAUAAAAAUGUUACUUCUUCGGAGGCGCUA